AUGGGCUUCGCUAUCCACCCUGCCCCUGGCCGCCCCAACGACGACGCCCACUGCCGCCGCGACAGCUUGCCGUCCUCCGGCACGACCCCCGCGGACAGCACCCGGACAUCGUCCAUCUCUUCCUUUGACGGCGCUGGCGACGAUGGCAGUGGCGGUGACCAGCAGCCGGCGCGCGCGCCUGGGUACACGCUGGAGGUGCCGUCCCGGUCGGGGCGCCACGGCUCCCGGCCAGCGCGGCUGUUCCAGAAGCUGCGCCACGCGCUGCCCGUCCUGACGCUGACGCCGCGGUGCGGGCGCCUGCAGGUCCGGUCGUCGGGCGAGAUCGCGGCGGCCUCGUCGUCGUCCUCUGGCGCGGACUCCCGCCCGGUGCCGCACGUCAUGUCGUUCUCGGGCGCCGCGCGGCCGUGCCGGCCCGUGACGGGGACGCUGUACGGCCACCGCAAGGGCCGCGUCGCGCUGGCGCUUCAGGAGACGCCCCGGUGCCUGCCGAGCCUCGUCGUCGAGCUCGCGAUCCAGACGCACGCGCUGCUCCGCGAGCUCGGCAACCCCGCAGGCGCGCGCAUCGUCCUGGAGACCCAGCGCCGCACGGCCUCGGACGCUGCUGGCGAGAGCGGCGGCAGCGGAGGGCGCAGAGGCCGGAGGCGGGGCCACGCGCCGCAGCUGCUGGACGAGCCGGUGUGGACCAUGUUCUGCAACGGGCGGAAGACGGGGUACGCGGUGCGGCGCGAGGCGACGGACGACGACCUGACGGUGAUGGAGACGCUACGGGCGGUGUCCAUGGGCGCCGGCGUGCUCCCCGGGAGGUCGUCGUCGCCGGCCGACGCGGCGGCUGCUCAGGGUGCGGCUGACGACGAUGUGCCGUACAUGCGCGGUUCCUUCGACCACUUCGUCGGUUCCCGGGACUCGGAGUCACUGUACAUGGUCGCGCCACAAGGCGGCGGCACCGGCCCCGAGCUCGCCGUCUUCUUCGUCAGGCUCUGA